AGCAGCAGCAGCAGCAGCUUUUCCACUCUCCCCCUCCUCUUCCUCUCUGCAGUCUCCUCUUCUGACCGCUUUUACCCACCGAGAAGAUUUUGAGGCCGUGACGUAUUUACUGACGGGGACGCGCGAGUUUUCACACCGGUGCUCCAUCUGCUUGCGAGGGCGACUAUUUGUGGAGACAAACGCGCCUCGCACUCGAGCCGCUCUGACCGUUUUCUUUCCGUUAGUGGCCGCACUUGUCACUGAACCAGCCCGCCUCUCCUUCACUUCACUCACCGGCAGAGAAGAGCAGGAGUCUUGCUCUCAGUUUGUCACUUUCACCUUGUGAGACUGUGAACUUUGUGAAAAAUAUCUAAAGUUUUUGGAAUCUUUUUUUACCCCCCCAACAUAAAAAUUGAGAUUUACGAUGCUGGAUCGCUGCAACCGAACAGUUUCAUCACUGGUCUUAAGAUGCCUGGCUUGUCUUGUGGUCACCUCUGUUGUUACUGCAGACGGUCGGGUGUUCGUGUUGGACUUGAGAAACUCUUCUGGCCCGCUGGGCUUCAGAGAUGCUGAGCGGGCGUGUGCCUCACAACAAGCUCGCUUGGCAUCAGCGGAGGAGCUCCGUCAUGCUGUGGAGGAGUGCUUCUUCUCUCCGUGCACGCGUGGAUGGCUCCACGGAGGCACAGUGGGGACCACAGUGUGUAAUAUUGUGGGCAGCGCACUGAAAGCCGUGGAUGUGAGAACAGAAAAUGUCACAGCGGACACAGCACACCUGGAAGCCUUCUGUGUCAAAGAUAAAGGUGUGCCAUGUGGAGACCCGCCGUCUUUUCCUAACGCCCGUCUGCAGGGUCACUCUGGCUUUGAGAUGGGUGACGAGCUGCUGUACACGUGCGUGCCAGGUUACGUGAUGCCCAGUGGACACAGUGCCUUCAGCCUGCUCUGUGACAGCUGUGGAGAGUGGUAUGGACUGGUGCAGAUUUGUGUCAAAGAUGAGACUGAAACUCACAUAGACUAUGAGGACAAGUACACAGAUUCUUAUGAAGAAGAAGAAGAAGAAGAAGGAGAUGAAGAACAACAACAACACCAUACUGAAAGACCAGAGGAGGCUCAUGGCGAAGUGUACGAGGAGGUACACGGAGCUGCAUACUCAGACGGGAAGAUUAGCCAGGAGCAACAAGAGACGAGCUACGGUCUUGUGGAAUAUCAAGACCGGCACGGAGAGCAUGUUGUGGAAGAGGAAAAAGACCGGGCUGUUGAAGACUUUGUAGGACACCCGACGUGGGAGCAGGAGAGGAGGCAGGUGGUGAGGAUAGAGGGUGCUACAGCCACAGAAGCACCUGUCUCUCUUCUCUCCCAGAAGCACAUGUUCUGGUUCCCCUCUGAGGCCUUUCAGGAGGAGGGACAGUCUGUGUCCACAAAUCCAGGCACCCAAUCAGCGGAGAGCAAAGAACAAGAGAGCCAAGAGAGGCACCAGCACCACGAUGAUGCCGAUGACCAUGAUCAUGAGCCAGAAAGCUACGGCGAUCGUGAGCCAGAUGGCAGAGACGAUCACGAUGACAGCCGACACUAUGAUCAAGACGACCAUGACAGUCACCACGAAGAAGACGAUCAGGACGAUGUUGUACAGCAGCAUGUCCCAGCGCAACCUGACGAUCUGGACCGAUGGGACCACCAUGACGACGACAAUGACGACCACAGUGAUCACUAUGACAUGGGAGAACAUGAAGACGAUGAAGUUCCCUAUGGCAGUCGGGAGUAUCACGAGCGAGACGAUACUUACGAUGACCAUGAAAGCUACGAGAACCACGAGGAUGAGACUGGCGAUCGUGACGCUGAUGCUCGAGAGCCCCCCGAAGUCCCCCCAAGGGAGCAUCCAGACCAUGAUGAUGAUGAUGAUGGUCAGGAGCAGUAUGAUCUAGAGGACAACAAAGACAGUCUCGCCGAACACGAUGAUCAUGUCCAUGAUGACCAUGACAGCUUUGAAGAGCAUGAGAGCCAUGAAGACGAUGGUGACGAGCAUCCACAUGUUAUCUUUUCUGUAGCGACAGAUGUGCCUCAGAACGUCACCAAGAAAGGAGCAGGAGAAAAGACAACGACAGAUGAGACCUGGCUUGAUGGCUACCCUGUCAUUCCAGUGGGGGCAGAAAAAGGAGAGUCCACAACUGAGAGCGUGAAACCAGAGCACAGAGAGAGAGGAACACUUGCCAGGACAACAGAUAGACCCAACGACGUGGAAAUUCGUAGACCUGUCCCUGACACAAUCUCACCAGAGGAACACGAAUCUCCUACUGUAGAGUCUGGUAAAGCUGGAGGGAUGGAGGUUUGGCCUGGCUACAUCCACACUCCUGCUCCGUACCCUGAACUUUUAGAGCCCUCAGACUCCACCUCAUACUCUGACACGCUUGACUAUGACACACAACAACCAGCUCCCACUGACUCCUGGCAUGGAGACCUUACCGAGCACCCGUUCCUCAAACAAGGCCCAGCUCCUCCCGUGCACGACAACGACGUCCUCUCUGGAGUGAUCGAGGAGCACAACCUGCCCGGUGAGACUGGUGAGAGGGGGGAGAUGGAGGGGGAGAUCGGGGAGACGAUCUGUAUAGGUGAUAACUGCCCUCCCCGUCCUCCAAGCUCCUCCCUCCAAGGUCCCACAGUUAUCGCCAUAAUCGUGGCAGUGUGCGCGCUAGCCGCGGCCGUCAUUGUUGGAGUGUGGUGUUACCGACGCCAGCAGCAGAAGAGCUCGAUGUAUGAGAUGAACGGGAAGGGCCAGAGUCACACCAGACACGGCCAACAGAUAGAGAUGCAGCAAAAAGUGUAAGAGCCAGGGAUGAGGAAAGAAGGACACUGGCAGAGGGCAGAGACGUUCAGGAGGAAGUGGGAUGAUUCAGAUGAAAGCAUGGCCCCUCAUGUCACCAGGAACUACUGCAUAAUUGAAGAUGUUAGAUGGGUAUGAACAAAACAACCCCCACAUUUAAAGAGCUAAACAUUUCCUCAGUGAUUCAGAAUUCAUUGGAGGACCUCUUUUCUCCUGCUUAUCAAGUCUAAGGAAAUUCUCCCACCUUUGUCAUACUUAUUCAGAAUAUUUGAAGCUCUAGUGUGUGGCGGGGGUGGUUUAGUGCCUAUGUCUGGACUGGACUCAGAUCCAGGAACUGGUAAAAAAAGAAAAAGAAAAAAGGGAUUGCAAUGAAAUGACCAGGUUCGAAAACUCCCAAGAUGGCCUGCCUGCCUGAAUAGAACUGAGACUUUAUUCUCUAAAGCUCUUGGAUUAUUGUCUGUAUUACUUUUGCUGUCAUUUAUGUUGACUUACAUUUUCAAUGUGUGCUGUUCUGGAUUUCUGGAUUUAAAUCUUUUGUUUUGUUUGCUGCAUUUAUAUAAAAAAAAAACUGAAUCCAUGUCAGUCUCUCUGAAGUUAAGAUAACUUCAGACGAUCACAGAAGCCUUGGACCGUUUGUCCCAAAAACAGAUACCUGGCUUUUGUCACACGUGCGUGAAAAAACAAUAAAAUGACAACGAUGAUGAUGAUGAUGAUGAUGGUUUAUAGUGGUAUGAGGAGAAAUAAAAGGGGAAAAGAAAAUGAAAACAAGGCUGGGAAAUGGUGAGAGUGAGAAGUAUGAUGAGAGAGACAUUUUGUGACUCUCCAGCCUCUGUUGGUUUUGACAGUCAGCUGGUGAGAAAUUUAGAUCGGGUGUCCAGACUGCAGACUCAGCCCUGUGUGUGUGUGUGUGUGUGUGAUCGAGAGAGUAUGUGAUGUGUGUGUGUGUGUGUGCACAUUUGUCUCAGGUUUGUGUAAUCCGCUCAGCGGUGCGGCGAGUUUGAAGGAGCAGAGUGGAUGCUGACAGCAUUCAGACCAGAGAUCAUACAUUGUGGUGCUGCCAUGGCAACAGACAGAAACAACCCAAAUGUUAAAGUUUGAUUAAAUGCGUGAGUUUUUGUUUAUUUUUGAUAAAAACAGAUCAACUGGAGAGAUUUGGGUUAAAAUUGGCUCCACAACAUUAUCAUAUAUCAUAUCAUAUCAGGUAUGAGGUCUUAAUGUUUCAUGGUUCAUUUUCACACUGUUCUCUCAUGAUAAAUGUUUUUAAGACAACAAUAGAAGUAGUUUGUGUUUACUUACUUAUUUUCUGACACAUUAUUUGUUGUUGA